AUGGACUCUGUAUCCGUAAGUUUUAAUAAUACGGAGGAACAAAAACCUAUAUUUACACUAGCUGGUGAUCAGAAUCCUACAUCGACUACCGAUAGCUUCACAUUUCCGGAUAAUAGAAACGUGGCUCAAGAUCCAGUGUUGUCAUCCAUGACACCAAUGAUGCAGGGUCUUGGAGGCAGCGAGCUCUUGAACAUGCUGUCACAACAGGAGCCAAGAGCCGCCGAUUAUCCGCCAGCAGUCGCCGAUAUGGAGGAUUUGCUGUCAAAUAUUCGUCUCAAUGGAUCUGACAUGUUCACUGAAGAUGCCAACGUCAAUAAUUAUUUUUCAGGAUUUGGUAGUCGCAGCGAGUCUGCGUCGUCCAGCGUUUGGCCUGAUGCUGCGAACGCGCAAUCCUCGAGGAACAGCGAAAUGAUGGAUACAUUCGACUUCCUCGUUAAAAGUCUAUCAUCGGCAAACACAUACGUGUCGAUGUUGACACGGGAGCAACUGUCAGUGCUGCGAUCCAUUCGCCCCAGUCUGUUAUAUGAAUUCCUGCAAGAAGUAGCCAAAGCACGCAGCGACCGCCGCAUGCGACGCGCCCUACCGAACGAGUGUGCCUUCUGCAAGAAUAACGGAGAGAACGAGGAGUGUUACUCUUCACAUGCACUGAAAGACUUACGCGGUCGCGUCUUGUGCCCUGUUUUGCGCGCUUUCCGCUGUCCCCGCUGUGGCGCCACUGGCGACAGGGCCCACACUAUCAAGUAUUGCCCGGAGGGCAGCGAGUCAGGUAGCUCAUUACUAUCAAUAUUAAUGAUUCAGAAUGCUAUGUAAAUAAUGCAUUAUUUACAUGUUUGUUUAUUAAUUUAAACUUUUUCAAAAAUUGGAAGAUUUGAUUUGAAUUUUUUUUCGAUAGGUUCUGGAAGCCUUUCGUCUCGCAGGCGUGUGCCGCCUUCGACGUCACUGCUGUUGAAUGGCGCCGGCGCUAACACAUCACGCUCGCAGGGCGGCACGUCCGCCCCCUCGGCUUCCCCAGUCAGCUCACCGGCUAACCCGGGGCUCUCUUACUCAUCUCUCUGGACCAACUUUGGUCUAAACUGAACCUUGACGAGUGAAUAUUCCAGUUUCAAUAAUCUAACUGACGGCCGAUUUGCAAAUGUUUCAUUUUGAUUGCUUAUCUCUAGCCAAGACAGAAGACCGAAAGAUACAUUAUUGAGACUCUUCGUACAACGAGCAUCCUAGGUGUGAAUAUUAGAUUCUUUUUUUGGACAUAUCUGUACCAUUUGUUGACUAUAUCUUAGGCACUUGAAGGAUACUCGUUCAUUCUAUUCGCUUGUGUGAAAUGUACUAUGGAACGCUGAUUCAUGUACGUACCUUAAGCCUCUGCUUUGGUACAAUAUUUCUGAAACCAUAAUCACAAAAUAUGGUUUUCUGUUCUAAAUAUUACUACAUCAGUAUUUAUUAACAGGGAAGCUAUAUUUUCUUUCAAACUAGAGUUCGGUCUUUUUUCUACUUUCCAAAGUAUAAAAGUGCACUGUGAAAGAACAUUAGUUCUAAUUAUAUUUUCGAAGUAUGCAGGACAUGCUUUUGUUUCAAACACCUUAAUAUGGUUUCAGAACAUUUUCUAUUUAUAUUGUUUCUCUAAUUAAUUUUUCAUUGGUUUUAAAAAUAUUUAUACUUUAUGUUAUCAAAUGUCUGAAGUUGAUUAAAAUUAAUAAUAAUAUAUAUCUAAUAACAUCAAAAUAUUCAUACGUCAGCUACAAUCGAAUAGUUUCUAUUCUAAAUCUUAAUGAAUUUAUUGUUAAUAUAUUUCUCCUAUAAUCAAAUCACAUUAUUUCAUGUACACUGCAAUCCUUUGGUAAAAUUAACUUUUGGCAAAAAAAUAUUGUAAUCACUAGUUAGUGUACCAAUGAAAAAUUUUCUUUUCACUUUUUUGUUAAAUUGAAUAUAUUACUUAUUUUUGAGCAUUGCUGAGUAUUUUUAUUUCCACCCAUACAUGAGAACUUGACCCUGUACAUGUUUUUUUAAACUUGAAUAUUAUUAUUGUUAAAUACACCGAAUAGGAGUAUGUCGCGUCCAGCUUUGUUAGAACGUUAGAACAUAAAAAACGAAAUUUAACCCUUAAAUGCAUAAUAAAAGAUGUUUAGCCAAAAAAAAAUAUUAUGUUUCUUUAAAGGUCUAUGUUAACUCAAAAAAUAAUUAAAAAAAUCUAAAUCAAUUAGAACGUUUAUUUUUUUAUAAAAAUAUGUUUGUAUCGAUUUCGAUACACUAUGCAUUAUCUUUACAAAAUAAUUAAAUUUUAUAUAACUGAAGAAUUAUGAAAAUGGGUGAAACAAUCUUUAGAUUUCUUACAACAUAAGUAAAUAUUGCACUUAGAACAUUUAAUUAUACUAAGUAAAUUACACGAUGGCAUCAUACAUCGACCACGUGACUCUGUUCUCAUGAUAUUAUGAUCCACUUGGUCAAGUCUAACUUCAAGGGGUGGCAAAACUUGGAUAGGUUUGCCUUUUCGCAUUUUGGGUGGUGGUUGAUCUUCUCUUAUAGCACUGGUGCUAGGGCGCCCUCUGGUGUUAGUAGGAGUAUAUUGGCAAAGAGUUUCAGCCAACUCUGAUCGGAAGUCUGCAAGGGUCAUGAUGUUUUUGUGGUUGCCUUUUCUUUCUUCUACUUUUUUGUGUAAUACCCAUGCAUUUAUUACAGUCAAAUCUAGCAGAUGAUAGAAGAUCCUCAUGUACCACUUUCUACUCUUCAUUCGAAUCCUGUAUCUUCCUAGAAAGGAAUCCAUUAGGUCUACCCCACCCAUGUGCAUGUUAUAUUCCUUGAUUAACUUCGGACACGUGAUAGAAAUCCUCUUCUUUUCUUUUUUAUCGAAUUGUUCUAUAUUCUCCACGGGGCAUGCUCCAACAUAUGUCGAAGCUAAGAUGACUUGUUUAUUGUCUUUCCAAGUAACUGUUGUCAUGUCAAUUCCUUCAAAAUUUGUUACGUAUUCUUCAUACGACCCUCUUGGGACUGAACUCUUCAUAACAUCCUGCUUGGUUGGCAACUUGCAAGAUUUUCCUAAUCGGUUUCUUUGAAUAGUGCCUAGGGAAUGUAUACCUUGUUUGGCUAGUGUAUACAUCAAUGGCAAAGAUGUAUAGUAGUUGUCGAAAUAGACAAUAUGAUUUCUUUGCCUGGGUACCACACUCAGCAAGUUCAUGACUGUUUGUCCCACAACUCCCAAGUUAUGUUCGUUUGACAAUCCUUCAUUAGCUUCUUUCCCAGAGUAAAUUAUAAACCUAUAAGCAAAACCGGCUAAACUGCAUAGAACAAACAAUUUGAACCCCCAUUUAUGGGGUUUGUUGGGGAGGUAUUGUUUCAGAAAAUGUCCUACUUUGGUGGCGCACAUCUGUUCGUCUAUAGAUAAUCUCUGUUCGAUGGUUACGCUGGAGAACUUUUCAUUUAAAUGGUUUAUUACGGGACGUAAUUUAUGAAGCCUGUCAUGCUGCGCAUGGUCUACUGGUAGAUGAUCAUCAUUAUUAUUGAAGUGCAGUAACUUUCGCAUUUUCUCAAAUUUAUUCACAGGCAUUGCCUCUUUGAUGUGUCUAAAGCCAAAUUUAUUGGACCAAUACGACCUUGUAUUCGGAUAAUGGUACACAGACAUGAAUAUAAGGAUCCCAAAAUAUUUGCGAAGGUCGCCCACUGUGAAUAAUUCGGGUCUGUCAGGUUGUUUCUGGACUGCGUAGCGAGUUGAUUCAGUAACAAUGUUUUCCAUAAACUGAUUCGUGAAAAAAUAGUUAAAAAACUGGUAAGGACUUUGCAAUUCCAUUAUAGAUGAAGGUAACUCUUCAGACCCAACGAAUUUGACAUUAUUCUCAUCAAAUGGAAAAGACUGCUUUUUCCACAGUAAAUGCCUCAAAUUUAUGAGAGAUUCAGUCGCUUGUGCUUCCACUUGCUCCGAAGACUGUGCGUCUUGUAUAGGCUGCUCAUCUUGAACCAAUGGAGGGUCUGGAAAUUCUUCUAAAUUAUUCUCUCCCGUAAGCACCUCUUCGUCAUCUUCUAAUUCAGCUGCCAAGGCUUCUCGAGAUGGGUAAUAAGGAAUAUCUUCUCCAUCUGACUCUAAAUCAUCUUCUGAAAUCUCACCAUUCUCCAACCUCAUAAGCAUAUCCUCUAUUUGCCGCUCUACAAAGCCAAAAAAAAAGCAUUUAACCAUACCCAAAAGCGAGUAAAAUCAAAACCAAAACCGUUAUGAACAAACUUUUGAAUGGUGUGUAGGCGGGAACCAAACGCAUGCUGUAUCGUUUUCGAGACAAACAUAAAAUGCGAUAUUUACUCAGAUAAACACAUAAAAGUCGUGCAUAUUCGAUUGUUUUCAAGUAAAUGAAGGACUUACCAUCCAUUUUGUGAUUUUUGUUGGCAUCAAUUCGAAUUAUUUUCGUUCUCGCAGUUUUAUAAAAACUUCAAUUCCAGAAAAACGCGCACUACGUUGACGACUACACCAUAGACAAGGAAAUUAUUCCACAGAUAUGACAUUGACACCUGACACUUACUUUUUUUUGUUGGGUAAUGAGGCAAAGAAAUGUAUGAAUCUUCAGCCUACGCAGUACUUCAAAUAAAAAUCCGAUAAAAACUAUUAGAAUGCGAUGUAUCGAUAUCGAUACAAGAUGCAUUUAAGGGUUAAGGAAAUUAAAAUGAAAUACAUUUGCUCCUGUCAAAUAUUUUAUUCAAAUGAUAACUAUUAUAAUAGACGAUAAUACAUUAACAGUAUAACAGAGUAUUAUUACGUGGUACGAUGUAAUGUUUACUAAAUACAUAUCAAUGGGAGGCCUGUCUUACUACAUUUAUAACAUUCCGUUGUAUGGUAAACACACAAGUAGACAAUACUACAAUUUUGACUGCACGGUUGGCGCGGUGGCUGGGCAACUAAGGCCUCUGCCUCGAAUCUCGGGGGCAGCGGGGCGGCGG